GUCCACGUUGGCGGACCGAUCUGGAAUCUGGUGUUGCACUUUUUUCUUGCUUCUCUUCCCCCCCUUUAAUUUUCCCUAAAAAAAAAGUUCUUUUUUUCUUUGGUCCCAAACAGCCGCCCGAUUCUUAUGCAAAUAUCUGAAAAUCUCUUCAGACUUUACUCUUUUCUUUCCGAUUCAAGCAACGAAAUUUGAAGAACAGCUAAAAAAAAACUAAUAAGAUCCCUGAUUUGGAGGCAAAAAAAAUGGGAGAAGAAGUGAAGAUGAGUGAAUUUGAAGUUAACGGCGGAGACGACGAGGCCACCGCAACAGCCAACACCGCGUUUGUUGACGAAGAAGAUGAUGUUGACCAGAGAGUUCUCGAAUGGGAGAUUGGAUUACCCGACUGCGAUGAUUUAACUCCGUUAUCUCAAUCCUUAAUCCCACCGGAACUCGCCUCCGCUUUCAGUAUCUCGCCAGAGCCUCGUCGGACAGCUCUAGAUGUCAACCGUGCCUCUUACUAUACUCUCUCCUCCCUCCGAUCAAGCGGAGCCCACUUCUUCACUGACAAUAACAAUAAAAACAGCAAUAAUAACGAUCUCCAUUCUUUUAAUAACCCGAUUGUAGUGGAACCGGAAGGUGACGGAUCGGGUUCUGGUUCUGGAUCUGAACCAAAGAAGAUGAGGAAUACGGAUGUUGGUAUUGCAGAGGAAGCGGAUUCAGCGGUUAGGACAACGGAGAAUUCGGAGGAUCCAUCAGCGAGGGCAUUGAAACGACCGCGUUUAGUGUGGACACCGCAGCUGCAUAAGAGAUUCGUUGAUGUGGUGGCCCAUUUAGGCAUAAAAAACGCGGUUCCCAAAACAAUCAUGCAGCUAAUGAACGUAGAAGGCUUGACCCGCGAGAACGUCGCAAGUCAUUUACAGAAAUACCGGAUUUACUUGAAAAGAAUGCAAGGGUUAAGCAACGAAGGACCAUCAGCUUCCGAUCAGCUGUUUGCGUCAACGCCGGUGCCGCAGAGUCUUCGUGAGAGUGGAAGCGGCGGCUGUGUAGGAGGAGGGGGAAGUGGUCUUGUUGGUGGUAGUGCGAAUGGCAAUGGGCAUGUUGGGAUGCCUAUACCGAUGCCUUACGGGGCACCUUUGGUGCCUGUAGCAAUGCCGAUGUACGGACACUUGGGUAUGCAUCAAGGAGGGUACCAUCAUCAGCAGAAUGGGUAUGAGACGAAUUCGUACGGAAUGCAACCGAGAGAUUGGCCUGGUGGGAAUAAAUAUGGAUCGAUGAUGUCGUAUCCGAAUCAUAUGGCUCCCAAUGAUAAGUUAAAUUAGCUGGAUUUUUGUACAAAGACAGAGAAAAGACAUGUUGGAGUAUAUCUAGGUGGAGACUUCGAGGUAUGAAUGAGAGUUGGCAAAGAGAGAACCAAACCUCUCACUCUCAGGGUAUUAUCGUAUUAUUGCUAUCUUGAGUUAAUUAGGCGCUAGGGAAAGUCCAGGAAACUUGUUAUUCACUUGAUAAUUAUCAUUAACCUGUGUAUUAUUGAAUAUAUUAACCCCUUUUUUAUAUUCUUUUGGCCAUUGAACAAAAGCAAACGCUAUAACGACUUUAUGACCUUU